AUGAAAUACAAGAAAAGUUUGCAAAAGGUUGAAAAGGUAUAUGACGAUUUAGUACAAAAACAUAAGAAAUUCACCGAGCUGAUCGAGGAAGAUAAAGAAUUUGAAGUGGAAAAGCACUGGCUCGAAGAAUGUCAACAACAAUUUCUUAGUUUGGAAUCUAGGGCUAAAGAGUACGUACAAAAAACACUAAAUGAGAAGAGCUUAAGUGAAAAGGCCGACAAAGAACAAGCUGAAGUCACAGUUAGCGACGAAACAACCGAGAAUACAAGCCGUAGAAGAAAUUAGUUCGGGAACACAAGUGGAAACACCGCAUAAUCAAAACAAUGAGCAGGCUAGCCACGAUUCCAUCGCUCAGGAUGGCACUUCGGAAAUUUGUGCUUUUAAGAUCGAAAAACCGAAAUUGUCGAGAUUGAACGGGGACGUACGAGACUACGCAAUAUUCAAAUCUGAUUUUAAACACAUUAUUGGCACUAAAUACAAUAAUAGAGACGCAAUUACUCUUUUGCGCACUGCCCUCAGUGGAAAACCGUUGGAAAUGAUGAAAGGUAUUGGGUUGGAUUAUAGUGCUGCGUGGGAUUAUUUGGACUCAGUUUAUGGGGACCCACGAUUUGUGGCGAUACAGUCACUCAAGAUAUUAUGAAAUUCAAGCCGUUGCGAAAUGAGGAAGAUUCACGUUUUUGUGAAUUGGUUCAUUUGGUAAGAAGAAGUUACAAUACCCUGAAGGAAUUGGGCCGUCCACAUGAUAUGGACAACAAUCAUAUAUUGGCAAUCAUAGAGCAGAAGAUGUGUAAUGAUGACCGAAAGGUAUGGGCACGUUACUUGGAAAGAGAAAAAAGAUCGAACCGAAAUUGAUGGACUUAAUAGAAUGGAUGACGGUUGAGAUGAAAUCAAGAAUGCGAGCGACAGCCCCUUUAAGAAAUGUGGGAAAGUUAGGAGUUCAUCACCUCUCCGGAGAGGAAUCCAACAUAACAAGGGCAUACAAGUGUUGGAUAUGCAAAUCAUUUGAUCACUGGGUGGAUCAAUGCCACAAGUUUACGACCAUGGCCCCAAACGAGCGAUUGAAGAUUAUCAGAGACAAUCAUGCAUGCUACAGCUGUCUCAAAAAAGCCGGAAGAGAACAUCGAGCAUCAAACUGCUGUCGAAGACGCCCAUGUACAGAAAUGAUCAAUAAUGUACCCGGCAACAAAAAUCAUCACCCUCUGUUACAUCCCAGUACAAAUCUCAUUGGUAUGCUAUCUUCUGUUUUUGAAGACCAAAGAUGCAUUACUUCCUAUUGUCUCAGGAUUUGUUGUUCGGAGAAACGGAGAACGUGAAGAAUCAAACAUACUAAUGGAUUCUGGAGCUCAGAUAAGCCUGAUAAGAACUGACGUGGCCCAUGAUUGA